AUGACUAGCAGAGCUGUUUCUCCGACACCCUCCCUUGCCCUCACUCAUCCUCCCUCGCCCUCCCUUGCCCUCACUCAUCCUCCCUCGCCCUCCCUUGCCCUCACCCAUCCUCCCUCGCCCUCCCUUGCCCUCACUCAUCCUCCCUCGCCCUCCCUUGCCCUCACUCAUCCUCCCUCGCCCUCCCUUGCCCUCACUCAUCCUCCCUCGCCCUCCCUUGCCCUCACUCAUCCUCCCACGCCCUCCCUUGCCCUCACUCAUCCUCCCUCGCCCUCCCUUGCCCUCACUCAUCCUCCCUCGCCCUCCCUUGCCCUCACUCAUCCUCCCUCGCCCUCCCUUGCCCUCACUCAUCCUCCCUCGCCCUCCCUUGACCUCACUCAUCCUCCCUCGCCCUCCCUUGCCCUCAGUCAUCCUCCCUCGCCCUCCCUUGCCCUCACUCAUCCUCCCUCGCCCUCCCUUGCCCUCACUCAUCCUCCCUCGCCCUCCCUUGCCCUCACUCAUCCUCCCUCGCCCUCCCUUGCCCUCACUAAUCCUCCCUCGCCCUUGUCACCGAAUAUGCACGGUUGUGCAUAUAAGAGCUGUUUCUCCGACACCCUCCCUUGCCUCGCCCUCCCUUGCCCUCACUCAUCCUCCCUCGCCCUCCCUUGCCCUCACUCAUCCUCCCUCGCCCUCCCUUGCCCUCACUCAUUCUCCCUCGCCCUCCCUUGCCCUCACUCAUCCUCCCUCGCCCUCCCUCGCUCUCCCUCACUCUCUCUCACUCUCCCUCGUUCUCCCGCGCCCAACCUCUCCUCUCCCUCCAAUCACAUAGACGAGCUAAUCCUGCCUGCAAAGCCCAUCGAUGAGGCGCCUCAACAAUAA